GUGGCGGCAGCGCUGGGACACCCCGGCCCGGCACUCCCGGCCCGGCUCCGGAGCCUCGCCCGGGCGGCAGCGGAGAGUUUAUACUGGCUCAAGGAAACGUGUGAUGUGGAGGGAAAGAGUUUAUUUUUGUCGUACAUAAAUGAGUAGAGGGAGUGCCAUUGAUAAAGCACUUGUGGGGGAGGUUUACAAGUGCAAGAGGUGACAAGCAGUCUGAGGAGCCUUAAGCCAGUAAAGAAGCACCUGGAUGAGCAGGGGACAAGAGAGGUGGUUGAUACCCCUUAUCCCAAGUACUUGAUACUGCAAGUUCCCUGCCUUGACAGCAAUCAUCAUGGAUAGUGUGUUCUUAACAGAGGACAAAGCCAACUCUGUGUUAAAAAGAUACCCAAGAGCCAACACGUUUCUGGAAGAAUUAAAGCAAGGUGACAUAGAACAUGAAUGCAGAGAAGAAAUCUGUAGCUAUGAAGAAGCAAGAGAAGCAUUUGAAAAUGAGGAAAAAACGAAGGAGUUCUGGAAAGUCUACAAAAACGGACUUCAGGGAGAAAGUAACACAGGACAUACCUGGUAUUCAUUUUACCUUGCGUUUCCAUUAAUCAUUGGCCUUUUCGUUAUCCUCAUUGUCAUUUUUGUCAUAUGGAGAUGCCUGUUUAAAAAGAAAAUGCGUAGACAGUCGGUGUACGUGCACAGGGGAGCCCACGGAGCGCUGGGUGACGGUGCUGUGGCUGAUGGCAGAGGCCCUGUCCCGCCGCCCCUCAGCAUUGUUCAUUCCCCACAGGAGGAAAUGUAUGAAGUCAGUGGGCUCUCCCCGGGAGGUCUGAGCUAUAUGGAUGCACGGUCGGACUCGAUAUCCACCAGGCUCUCAAACUGUGAUCCUCCUCCUUCCUAUGAGGAAGCCACUGGUGAGAUCAGUGUGAGAAGAAGUGACACUGAGCAACAUUUAGAUCCACCCCCGCAAUAUGAAGACAUUGUGAAUUCCAGCUCAGCCAGUGCGAUUGCACUAACUCCCAUUGUCACCAGUGCUAAGUGAAACAAGAAGAAUGCCACGGACCUUUUAAAAAUCAGUAAUCCUUUUGUAGCACUUUAUCUUGGCAUAUUAUGCAUUUCUGUAAUUUAAUGGACUUGUACAAUGGAUUUCACUUCUUUUAGGUUCACGCGUUCUUUGGGUUUGGGAUUUUUUUUCCCCUACAGAAGGUCUUAAAAGAUAAGGAAUCUGUAUUGAGAGUGUAGUGCAGAUACAAGUUUGGUGCUCUGUCAUACUUCUCAAAAGCACCUCUGUUUUGAGGGAUGUCACUUGUUUCAUUCUGAAUAUGUCCACAUUCCCCACAAGAUUUGUGGGAUCCCCCUCCCCUCUCUUACUGCAGACUGUCAUAAUUCCCUGCAAUAGGGAAUCCUUAAAUAACAUUUUAAUAGUUAGUUACACUAAAGGGGCCUGAUUUUACAGUAUUGCCUUGUCUGGUAGGUUCUUUUUUUUCACUUGGAUUUUUGUUACAUGAUGAACCCUAUCCUGGACCCUCAGGAGGCUGAGAGUAGGAUACCUUUGUGUUCAAACCAGGAUCUCAUCUAGAGAAUGCUGGUGUAAUAGCAAUAAUUUCAGAGUCCUAGCAGAAGAGAUGUGUUCUAAAGCUUUUGCUAUUACAGCUCAAAAUUCUGUAAAUGUUUAGAAGCUAAAAAUUCAAAACACUGAUUAGUGAAUUUAAUGGUGUUUGGUUUUGUCUGUGUUCUGCCUUUCCUGUUUUCCCUUGUGUAUUCCAGAGAUGAGAAGUAUGCAUAUGUUAACUUUAGAACUGGAAAGUUCAUGCAACAGUAAAUAAUUAAAUACUGAAAUACUCAAGAGUGGAUAAAAUCCUGGUCAUAAACUUUCUCCCAUGGUCUUCACUGGGACCAGGAUGUUAUCUAUAAGCACAUAAACCCAAAAGGUAUUACUUUUCUUUAUAAAAGGGAAAAUGGAAAGCAAUUCAGUGUGACUUCCUUUUUCCCCCAGCUAUGAAAACCUUUUUCAAGGUUUCCCCAGCUAUGAACCCCUUCCUCAAAUUCUAAUACUCUCCUGCCUACUUACCUGUACCGUGUGUGCACCUUGUAUUGGUGCCUUUGGAAAUCCUUUGCAGAGAAUAUAGAUACCUUUUUACAACAACAAAUAUAUUUAUUGCUUAUCCAUUCCAACAAGGAAUUCUAAGAACAUGCAGGCAUAACCCCAAGCAUUAGUGUGGAGUGACUUUUUGAGGAUGAAGAGAUGGAUGCAAAUUAUCGACAGGCUUGUACAAAAUUUCACCCACCUGGUUUAGAUGCUGAUGAUAGUUAGGGUGGUGAAAGUUCUAGUGUGGUGAUUCCUUUUUUUCCCAGCUUGAUUUGAAAGUUCAUUGUUUGAUUUAACUUCUGAAUAUUAGUUUCAGUUUUCUUUCUUCCCACACCAAGGUAGUGUGGGAUUAGCUUAGUACUGUAACAUGUUCUACUAUUCAAUCAGACCUGAAGGACUAAAUUAUGUUAUGUUGGCUUUCUUAAAACAGAAACACAAACUGGAUCUUGUUUCAAACGCCCCAAAUGAAAUACCAGUGCCAUACAUUUGAAAUUGCUCUUAAAGUCCAUCUCACAGGGGGCUUGGCCCACCUUUUCCUGAAGGAUUUUUAUGGACAGAGACUGGAAAGAAACGUGUGGUCAUAGAUGAGUAUGUAUAUGCACACUCUGGUAAGAAUUUGAUCUGAUGUACUGACAAGUGGAGUAAGGAUUUUAUGAUUAAUUUAAUGUUCUCAUUUUUGACAAAGAAUAGGUUGCCAAAGUUGUCUGCUGGGGAUCUCCAGUGGCUAAGGCAAGUUAUGUUAGAGUUAAUAGAUGAACUCCUGGCCAAACUCCUGACUCCGUUGUCAAAACUGUAACUCUUAUUUAUGUUUAUUAUAUAUAAUAGAUAUUGGGCAGAUAAGUAUAAUAUUUUGGACACUUGUAGUAAAAAUUGCCUGAGUCUUGUUUGUGGGCUGUCUGACCUUUUCUUUUGAAGUGGUUUUAGCCCUUCCCAAAUCUUUGUUCGCGAAGCCUAGCCAUGGUUUUAGCCCUUGUGAAUCCUGAAUUGCCACUUAUAGAAGUUAAAGCUCCUUUUGUACUGAGCAACAGUUAAUAAAUGAACUGCUUUGGGCAGAUGUUACCAAAACAAAGUGCCUCAUCCCAACGUGCAGAAACCACCUCAGAAAGAGCUGGUACUUCAAUGUCUGUGCCAUAUUGGCAUCUCCUGUGCCUGCCAGCACAGAUAGUAAUUUUAGCAGUGACUUUCUUGUUAGAAUAUAAGACUUUCCUGUAGGAAAUGCAUGGAGAUCACCCAUUUCACAUUAGGUUGUUCAGCAGCAGUUGUCAUCCCCUGAACAUGGGCAGUCUGGUUUAGUAGUUUAGAGAUGAGCUAGAUCCUUUUUUUGUUUGGCCUUUUUUUUUUUUAUAACUAUAUUCCACUACCACUUUUAAAGGCUCAGUCCCUAAAUUGAAUAUGUUACUUUAUCCUGUUACUGUAUCCUGUAGAUACCUUUAUGUGCAAUUCAGAAUUGAUGCUUGCUGUUCCAAAAAGUCACAACCAAAUACCUAAAGUGAUCUAUAAGUAAAAUUUAUUGGGCUAUGCCUUUUCCAUGUACAUGAGCAUGAAAGCCAUUGUGGGCUAUAAAUUUAUGUCUUGGUGAAUAAAUUUCAUAGUUAACAAAACUGUGUGGGACAGUUGUGCGAAUUCAUUUCCUCUGAGACAUGAACAGUUUACUCCAUGUUGGAAUAAUAUCAAAUUACAAAUUGUUUUGUUCUGUUUUGUGAAAUGUGGGAAAAUAGCUUAGUCUUGUGGCUGGCUUUUCUAACCUGAUUGAAAAAUAAAAUUUCAUUUUUACUGGGGUUUUAUACA